CCGGCCGCACGGGUGGAUAGGCCGACGGGCCGAGAAGCCAAAUCCACAGCCAUGGCGCUCCUCCUCUCCCCGACCGUCUCCUUCCUCGCCGCCUGCCCGCCUCGCGCCAGAGCUCUCCCCGCCGCUGCCGCCUCUCUCAACGUCGUCUCCGUCCACGCCUCAAGGCUUCAAUGCAAGAAUCUCGCCUCCCUUCAGAACCCUCUGAGUGCUUCUUUUACCAAUAAGAGGCCAGUUUCUGUGCAUGCCUCGGCAGAGGCUGGCGCGGAAGAAGCUGGCACAGAUCAACCAGAGGAGCCAAAACCGGCAGCUUCGAUCGAGACAAUGCCACUUGAAACCAAGCAGAAGAUGAUCAUGGAGCAGAGGGCGAAGAUGAAGCUAGCCAAGAAGCUGAGGCAGCGGCGCAGGCGCCUUGUCCAGAAGAGGCGGCUGAGGAAGAAAGGUAGAUGGCCACCAUCCAAGAUGAAGAAGCUCAAGAACGUCUAGCCAGCAAUGAUAUCAGUCAGCCAUUCUCGGUUCUUCUGUACACCUGUGUGUGUUCUGUUCAUCCAGCUCUGUCUUUGCUAAGUUGACGCAUCAGCGAAUUUUGUUGUUAAAUAUGAAACGCAACGUCUGUAAAAUGUGAUUAUUUCUUUCUCAAUGAAGUUUCUUAUAUUCUUUUAGAGAUGGUUAAACCGGUCAUUGCUAAAAAACACACAAAGCCAGCGUUGCACAAAAA